UUUUUAUAGUUUAGGUUGUUAGUUUAGGUGAUUAGUUUAGGGAAUUAGUUUAGGUGAUUAGUUAACGGAAUUAGUUUAGAUGAUUAGUUUAGAAAAUUAUUUUAAACAAUUCGUUUAGGAUAUAUAUUAAUUUAAUUUUUUUAAAUUUUCUAGAUGGCUCCUAGACCGAGACCAGCAGCUCCUGCACCUACGUAUGCGGAUUUGUUUGGCGAUGGAUCUUCCUCUAGCGGUCCAUCGUCUUCUUCGGGACAGUUCCAGACUCUCACACAUCUCGGAGAGUUCCUUCGACCCCUCCUCCUCUUCCAUCUCAGAUGCCUCCCCCACGAGCUCCACCUGUCGCCCCGGAUCAGCCUGCCCCACCGGCUGCAGUUCAUCCCGAUUUGCGGGUGCCAGCUCAUGCACCAUUCGCAAGAUACACCGUCGAGGAUUUGCUUGCCCAGCCCGGACGAGAGGGUUUACACGUUCUGGACCCCGAUAGACCCCCGGGUACUUAUUGGUUUGGGGCUAACAACCGUGUUAGCCGGAGCGUUUCAGAGACGAUGAAGGGAUAUUAUGACGGCCCUUAUCCCAACUGGACCAUGACUCCCGAUCACGUCAAGACGACGUGGUUUAAAUGUUUUGCGGUAAUUAUAUUUACAUAUUAUUAAUAUUUAUAUUGUUAAUU